GAUUCAUUCUAAUUGAUCAUUCUACUAUCAUGCAGACUGAUUUUUAAAGUAAUUAGUAGCAUUGAUUCACAUUAUAAGAUAAUAAUUGCAAUUAGAUUAAGUUUCAUAAUUUGUCAAACUAGAUUUAAUGAAUUAAGUGCAAAGUCCAGCAAAGUAUGCCUCAUAAUAUUGCUUUUCUAAUGAGUUUGAGUAUUGAAUACAAUUCUUUAUUGGAAUUGAGGUGAAAUUCUAAAAUAGCAAUCAAAAGUCUCUACACCAACUCAAAUCAAUAGGAAUGUUCUCUUAUCAUCAGAGAUAAAACAGAGGGACUUAAAUGAUUAUUAUGAUUAACUAUAUUCGAAAAUAUGUAACUUAUAUGUCCAAGAAUAUACAUUUAUAUUUUAUCAAAAUACCAGUAAUAUAAGCACUUUUAUGAAUAAAAAAAGACGAGAAGAAUUGUUAAUGGAAGUUGAUAAGAAAAUUAUUAUAAUUAUUUAUGUUUCGAAAAUAAUUAAAAUCGGUUGAUGAUAAAAAGACUAAUAAUCAAUCACCUUAUCGUUUAAAUUUCUUUAAUAACUAAAUUAAGAAUAAAAGGGAUUAAGAAUUGGGAUAAGCUUAAGAUGUUGUAAAUAAAAGAAGAUUGAAGAAAAAGGAAUCUCUAUCAAUAUCAAACACAUUUCAUUUUGAUGAUUAACAACCUGCCUCGUUUAAUAGUUUUUUUGUUCACUCAUAAAAAAAGCCAUAGAAUAGAGAUAAAUUAGUUACUGAGAUAGGGAAUUGUGGAUCUUAUCGAAAGAGAGUUGAGACACUACACACAUAGUAAUUUUCAGAUGAUGACGCAAGAUUGCAUCCUGAUCGACAAAAUGACAGAUUGAGAUUGAAACUCUACUUUAGUUUUUAAAAGAUGCAAAUAAGAUUGGUCAAUCUGAUCAAUCUUAUUUAGCAAAUUGAUGUGUGUUCCUUAAAUAACUACAUCUCAGAGAUUUCUUCUGCUACUAUUGAAAUUAUUGGAGUAUAAAAAUCAAUUAAUUAGGGUCAUUGUAGAUAAUUUAAGAGAUUUAUGAUAAAUGAAUGCAUAGGUUUGGUUUUCUAUUUGAUGAUCAAGAGAGGGAUACUCUAAGGAAUUGAUCUGAUUAAAUGGGAGAAGUUACUCAUCUAUGGUCAUUAAGCUAAUACUAUUUAAACAAUCACCACUCUGAAAUUGCAGAUUAAAGGUGUUUAAUAAUAUUUGCAUCAGUUUCAGUAAUUUCAAAGCAUGAAUCCUCUCAUUCCUAAUCAAAUUGAAAAGAUGAAUCUAUUAAUUGAAUAAAAUAUAGACAAAUUGCUAAAGUACAUGUUCAAAAAUAUGAAGGAAUACAUAAGAUAAAUAAGUUCAAUAGCAUCUUUAAGCUUAUCGGGAUUCAUAAAUUGAUGCAGCAUUUUAAUUUUACUAAUAAAAGCUGAGAGUGAUCAUAGUCAAUCUCGAAAGAUUUUUAUUUUUGCUACCUAAAAGUUCAACUGUUUAUACAUUAGUACUGGACUUAGAUGAAACCUUGGUUCAUUUUAUUGAAGAAACUCAAGAAGUCUUAAUUAGACCAUAUACAGAGAUAUUUUUAGAAUAAAUGGGGAAACAUUUUGAAAUUGUAAUCUUUACAGCUGGAAUCUAAUCAUAUGCAGAUAAGUACUAAAUAUUUGAUUUUAAGGAUUAUUGACAAAAUUGAUGUUAUGAAUGUCGUAAAGCAUAGAUUGUAUCGACAUCACACGUUUUCAUAAGGGAAUGUUAUGUUGAAAGACUUGAGCACUUUGGGGAGACCUCUUUCAAAAACCAUCAUAGUUGACAAUAAUCCAUAUAAUUUUGUUUUAUAGCCACAUAAUGGUAUUAAAAUCAAAGCUUGGGUGGGGGAUGAAAAAGAUAGAGCACUAGUUGAAUUGAUGCAAUACUUAAUAAAAUUGACCAAAUAUGAGGAUAUCAGAAUAGGUCUGAAAGAAUUAAAAGCAAACCCUCACUAUUUUACAACUUCUUUCUGA